UAUUUAAACUACGCUACAUCUUUGCCUAUAUCACAAACAAUAAAUAACGAUAAACGAUACUCUAGCAAGGCAGAACUCAAAAACGUAAACCAGAUUUUUUAUAUUUUUGAACUACAUAUAUAUUUUUGAGCAAUUUGUUAUCUGUGUAAUAAUACUUGGUUUACGAUUCGCUCGUUAUUUCGUUAGGUUAUAAAAAUGUGAGAUGUUCUAGUCGCUUAUAUUUAGGGUAAAGUGUUAUUAAAGCAAAAUGUUAUACGACGAAUUUAAACCGAUUGUGGACCUAGUGCUCAAUAACUGGACUGCUCUGCAGCUAGCCGUCGAACAUGGAAUGGGAGCGCCUGGAGGCGAAAAGACAGCACAAUUAAUGGCAGUGUACAUAGCAAGAUAUUGUGUUGAGAAUGUAGUUGACCGAGAUGAACUGACGGAGGUGAUUGAGGACCUGAUGGAUGAGGAGUUUGAGACUGUGUGUCAUGAUGAUUCUCCAAGAGAAAUAUCAGUCUUACUUCUACAGUUCCUUGGGCUUUUGAAAGAGGGCCGGCAUGAUGAGAUUCGAGCCAGGAUUGAUGCCAUGCCGAAAUGCCAGAAGUGGCUCAGCCAGCCCAUACAUGAGUCUGUGCCGCCACAGGUGAAUUGCCACGGCAACCCCGACGAUGACUCGACAUGCAGUAGUGAAGAAGACGAAGGCGUCAACAACAAUGUGAAUGGUGCUCCCGCGGCUCAUGCGUCGAAAUCCCAAGACCCAGAGCCAAUGGACGAGGACGGAGAUCCCGGCUGGACCGUAGUCCGGUCGCGGAGAAGGAACUAAAGCAAUAAUCUUAACUAUUUAUAGACGAAUUCUUGUUUAAUUCUGAACUGCUUGUGCCUCAAUGUCUGGUACAAGAUGGUAUUAGAAUCAGGUGAAGCGCAGAUGGCACACUUUUUUGUGGGAACGAGUCUGCGGCGCUCAGAAAGACUGCAUGGCGCGCGUGUGCGUUACUGCAUAUAAUUUUAUACGUUCUAUUUUCACAGACUAAAUAGGGCGUCACGAAUAGUCUGUCUUCUGCUCUGCGACUCAAAGUUACAAGCAGUUUGGACUUAGCAAAUAAGUAGUUUACGAUAUACUUUCAAUAUUUAAGGAUAGGCAGGGUUGAGUGAUAACAAAUGCUUAUGAAAAUGAUGGCAUUAAUUUCUUAUGCGCGUAAUAAAUUGUUGAAAUGACUCUUUUCUUCGAUUGUUAAUUACUAUUGUUUGAAAAUCAACCUUAUUGUUGUGAGUGUAACAUGUUCACUUGUCGCUCUCAUGAGCCACAAGGCACCUUAUUUCGGAAUAGGUUAACUUCACAAAUCUGACAGAGAAGUAUAUCAUUGAAAUAUCCUCAUUUGUCACUUUAGUAGAUUAGAGUAUUGAAAGUUAAAACUACACAUCAAUUCUGAUUGUUUAGUAAUUUUAGGGCUAAAUCUCCUAGGUACUGUUAUAAGUACUCAUAUCAAAAAACAACCCCUAGAUGCUAAGACCUCUGAAUACCAAAACGCAACUAAACUUUGAGAAAUUGUCAAAUAUCUAUCUGACUCUAUAACAGAUAGUCUAUUGAUUUCUUAAAAUUUUGUAGUGUUUUAGUAUUCUGCUUUGAGUCAUGUCACUCUUACACCUUUUAACUAGAGUCAAGACCCUAACGAGAAAGAGACAAGUUUAUUUAGAUGAUGUGAUUUUUUUUUGGGAGUUAGCAACAUUUACCAUCGCAUUUAAAGUAUCGCAACUUCCACGAUAUUUCGCACACCGUCUAAAUUGACUUAAUAUUUUAAUAAGUCGACCAUGUAAGCUCCAUAUAAAUUAUGAGCCUAGAUAAAUAUUAGUACUUUCAAAACGGAAAAGAAAUAUAAUUAUGCCUUUUUAUUGACAUCUUAGUCUUCCGCUAUUACAAUAUUUUGUUAAGAUAAUUUUUUUUGUAGUCAUCUUUGACGAAGUAUGAAAAAACUUGUCAGUAAAUUUCCUCAAAAUAGCUCUCCAAGAAUCUAAUAUCUAGGGUUUCUGCAGAUGGGUCACUCAAUACAAAAUGAGUUCAUUGAGAUACGCACAAAAAUUUACUUGUAAAGAAUCUGUGAAAUGUUGAAGUUAAUUGGAUCGUAUUCUCAGUGGUGCAUGAACUAUAACGCCCGUGGCACGAUACUCGCGUCUUAAGUCCCUCAGAAUACACAAUUUCAAAAUACCUUUAUUGGUAGAUUGUAUCUGUUGUGUUGUACCAACGAUGUAUUUAUAUUUUUAUCAAAUAAAUAUAUUAUUAAUGUUGA